AUGUUUCGUAGUCGGAGUUGGUUUGGUGGAGCGUGGGGACGACCAAAAAACCCCCAUUCUCUCGAGAGAUUGAAAUAUUUACAUAAUAUACUUUGUAAGAAUACAACUGUAUCUGAAAGCAAUCGUGGUACCUUGGUUGAAUCAUUGAGGUGUAUUGCAGAAAUCUUGAUAUGGGGAGACCAAAACGACAGUUCAGUUUUCGAUUUCUUUUUGGAGAAAAAUAUGCUGUCAUACUUCUUGAAAAUUAUGAGGCAGAAAUGUGGUGGAUCAUCUUAUGUCUGUGUGCAACUCCUUCAAACAUUGAACAUCCUCUUUGAAAACAUCAGAAAUGAAACGUCAUUGUAUUAUUUACUGAGUAAUAAUCAUGUUAACUCAAUAAUAGUACACAAGUUUGAUUUUUCUGAUGAAGAAGUGAUGGCCUAUUACAUUUCCUUCUUGAAAACGCUGAGCUUGAAGUUGAAUAACCAUACAAUACACUUCUUUUAUAAUGAGCACACCAAAGAUUUCCCUCUGUACACAGAAGCGAUAAAAUUCUUCAACCAUAGUGAGUCCAUGGUUCGUAUUGCAGUUCGAACUCUUACAUUGAACGUUUACAGAGUACAAGAUGCAAGCAUGUUGAGAUUCAUCAGAGACAGGACUGCCGCACCAUACUUCAGCAAUUUAGUUUGGUUCAUCGGCAAACACAUAUUAGAAUUGGACGCGUGUGUCAGGAACGACGCUGACCAUCAGUCUCAACAAAAACUAGAUGAUUUAGUAGCAGAACACCUAGAUCAUUUACAUUACAUCAAUGACAUCCUUUGUCUAAACAUACCAGAUUUAAACGACGUAUUGACGGAGCAUCUUUUGCAUAAACUACUUGUCCCCCUUUAUAUUUAUUCAUUGACAUCAGAAUCAACGAGACGAUUACAGACAUCAUCACCUUACAACAGAGACCACAUACAAAGCAUUGAAGCAAUUGCGAAAAAUUUAGAAGCCAUUUUGAAAGGGAAAAAUUCUGACCACUCGCCGACAAGGAUGACUUUCCCUAGGCAAAGGAUGGAUAUAGACGAUGAAUCUAAACCAUCGGUGUCAUGCGUAGUCGCCUUGUUUUUGUUGUCCCAAGUAUUUCUUAUAAUAACUCACGGUCCAAUUGUCCAUGCGUUAGCAUGGAUCAUAUUGCAAUCAGAUUCGUCAGUGUUCGAAGAUGGUGCCACGAAGAUACUUGAAAUGUAUAUAAGCAACGCAAAGUCUAACGUGAAACUAGAAUUCUCAAAACCUCAAUUGAGCUUAGAGAAGGCUUUAGAAAGUAGUUCAGGGCAUGAGAGGGAUUACACGACUCCAGAGUACGGUGAUCCAAAGAGAUUUGGAUAUGACGAUAAAGACACUGAUCAGUCUAGCUGCGAUCUUGAUCCUGAAUUGGUGUCGACUUCUUUGCCGUCCACAUCGCACAUAAGUGAAUCAUCAAGCAUUGCGAAUGACUCCACUGAAGAUUUAGUAACACAGAUUCACUCGAUCAAAUCGGAUGUCACAGUAAAAGCUAAUAUGCCCGAUUCUCCGUUACCUGAUUCUGGCAUUGACUCAUGUUCGUCCAAAACCACAUCGGAGUUCAACAAUAUAACAGAUGAAGAGAAGCAGAAACUUCUAGGCGUGACUUCCACUGUUGUAUUAGAAAGAGCAGUGCCUAUAGAGAAAAUAUUAGAGAGGGAGAAUCGGGAGAUCGCAAAGAGGCCAUUCUUAAAGACUAUUUUAGAUUCAUUGGAUUGUAACGAAAACGAUUAUAAAGCUCUGUUCGCUUUAUGUUUAUUAUUUGCGCUAAUAAAUAACAAAGGUGUAAACACGGAGUUGCUGGAUACUCUGCUAUGUCCAGAGACAGAAGACCAAAUGCUUGACUCGAGUAAAUCCAGCAGUAGUCAGACUGAGGUUCGUUCUGAAAGAAAUGACCAAAACACACCCACACCAUCGCAUUCAAAUCAAAAAAUGCAGAGCUUCAAUGCAUUUUUGAUUGCCAAACUAAUGGCAAUUGCGAAUUUGAGUUGUAAGCCAGCGUCAAAAGUUCGCCUGGUAACGUUAGAGCUGAGUGUUACUCUAGUCCGUAUCGCUAUGCAAGGCGCGAGUGGCGUCGCAGGCGCACGUCAUAUUACCUCCGCUGAAGCGUUGAGAAGCCGAGCGGCUGCACUCGCUAGGAACUUUUAUAAAUGCGAUGACAUAUUCUUGGAUAUGUUUGAGGAUGAGUAUUGCGAGAUGAGCAAGCGUCCAUUGAACGUGGAAUGGUUAUGUAUGGACGCGGCCAUAUUGUUGCCGCCGACUCGUACGCCGAUGUCUGGUAUAGCGUUUGCGAAACGAUUGCCCAGUGGAGAGAUUGAGAGAGCUCGGAGAGCUAUAAGGACUUUCUUCCUUAUACGCGAUUUGUAUUUAAAGUUAACGGGCAAACAAGAAACUCAGUUACCACUCACCAAUCUAGCGCCGUUCGUUCAAGUUGGAGAAGUUUUAGACCUUAAUGAUUCUGAUCUCAUAUCAUGUGAUAUAAUACAGAAGGAUGGUACAUGGCAACACCGGUUCUUAGCAGUUGACAACAUACAGAUAAUAUUAGUGGAACCAGAUAAACAGAGACUAGGGUGGGGUGUAGCUAAGUUAGUUGGGAGCUUACAAGACUUGGAGAUACAAGGUGAUAAAGAAGACCCCAGAUGCUUACAUUUAACUAUACAUAAACCGCGAGUUGGUGCGAGUGGGGCAUUACCUCGGACAAUAUUACUCCGAGCCAAGUUUAAAUUUGACGAUCACAUUCGAAGCAUGGCUGCCAAACAAAGACUUACAAAGGGUCGCACGAAGUCGCGGCAGAAAAAAAUGCAACAGAUUGGACGUCUUCUAGAAGUAUCUGGAAUAUCUGCGCCCGCUAUGGCGCCUCGACACAACCGGCCGCUGUUUUCUCGACCGGGAUUGACUGCUAUCCGAAGAUCCACAGGUACAGAUGGCGAUGAAACAGAUCGUCGCUUGCGCAGACCUAGCGCUCACAUGCUUAAAGACGGUAUAGUCGUCUACAGAGAACGUACGACAAGUCGGGAGAGGUUAGUCAACGAGUUGAUUAAUCUUAGUGUAUCAAGAAGCAGUAGUGCCCACGGAUCUAGGGAUGGCUCGCCACGAUCGCGAUCCGAGGAAAUCCCACUGGAGGACAUAAGAAGAAACGUCGCCAGCACUUCGGCCACACCCGUUGUUGCAGUAACACAGUCGCAACCCAGCACUUCAAUGCCACUGCCGAAAAUGGCCGCUAGUUCUUCAGAAGAGACUUCAUUCAUAUCUUCCGAAUCUCGACCGAAACGCAAGGGGCUGAUAGAAACUAUUUGA